AUGAUACCUUUACCUUGUGAAAAUUUGAAUGAACACCUGUUCAACGGUGGAUCUACCAGUUUGAUUUCCUCAAACGGAUAUUAUGGUUAUCAACCUCGAAUUCACCGUUCCACAUUGAAGAAUGAAGACAAACUGCCAGAAACAAAUGAGAGGGUUGAAAUGGACAUAGAAGUCUGUAAUGUGAUGGAAAUUGGAAAAAUGCAAGUGGAAAAUAGUGUACCAUCGCGGCAAGUCAAUAAUAUAAAAAAACGCCAAUGGGAGCAUGUUGACGAAUUCCAAGAGUCCAAAAAGAGGCGCGAAAGUCAAGAUGUUAUGAAGGACCUGAAAUAUAUCACCAAAGACGACAAGGAAACGUUAUUAGAAGAUAUCCUAAGAGAGACCCAUGGGGAUUCAUAUAUGAUAAACAUAUCAAGCAUUAAACAAUGUGAUGGACAUGUAUAUCCAUUAACAGUGUCUCGUGUGUCCUUGAAAAUUAUUGACAAAAAAUUAUCAAUCACUGGCACUCUGAAUACAAUGGAGGACCUUUCAAGCCCUCUGAAGGCUCGUGUCAAAGUUGAAAAAGAUGAACUCGGAUUUUGGUUAGAUAUUCCAUGUGUCCAAAACAUAGGCUCUUGUACCUAUGAAGAUUUGUGUGAAUUUGGAAUAUCCAUGAAUGAAACUUGCCCGAAAUUAUUCACAGACAAUCAAGUUCCAUGUAGAUGCCCCAUUCCACAGGGAACCUAUACAAUUCUACCAAUGUUUCAUUUACCUAUAAGAUCGUAUUUGCGAAAUGAUCAUAUUAUCACUGGGAAAUAUUGGGCCAACAUUACCAUUGAACAUUAUGAUCAUAUUUUAGGUUGUUAUGAGAUAUAUUUCAAUAUAAAAAAAGCACACAACGUUCACGAACUGAAGAAAUUCAAAUAUGAACUGGUACAGUAG